AUGGAGGAGAGCCGGCUCGACACGCCGGCGAUGAGGAGAAUCAGUGACUGGAUAAUGUCACAAGAAUUCCCAAGCGAUAUUACCAUCCAGGUUGGGGAAGCGACCUUCAACUUACACAAGCUCCCGUUGGCAUCGAGAUGCGGCUACAUAAGGAAGCAGGUGUCGGGGAUCAAUGGCUCCAGGGUCACCCACAUCGACCUUACAGGCAUGCCGGGCGGCGCCGCGGCGUUCGAGCUCGUCACCAAGUUCUGCUACGGCGAGAACUUCGAGAUCACGGAGGACAACGUGGCCAUGCUGCGGUGCGCCGCCGAGCACUUGGAGAUGACCGACGACAGCAUGAGCGGGAACCUGGCCGCCAGGACGGAGGCCUACCUGGAGGCCGUGGCGCUGACGAGCCUCGCGGGCGCGGUCACCGUGCUCCGGAGGUCGGAGGACCUCCUCCCGGUGUCCGAGGAGGUGGACCUCGUCGGCAGGUGCGUCGACGCCAUCGCGUACAUCACCUGCAACGACAGCCAGUUCAACAUGUCCAUGGGCAACACCACGAACGGCAACGGCAUGGCCAUGUCGUCGUCCAAGGCCGUCGAUGACUGGUUGGCUGACGAGCUGACGUCGCUGCGGAUUGACACGUUCCAGAGAGUCCUCAUUGCCAUGAAGGCCAGGGGGUUCAAGGGCAUUGCUCUGGGCACGCUCAUCAAGCUCUAUGCUCAGAAGUCGCUGCGAAGACUGGACACACACGGAAGGGAGAAGGAAAAGAUGGACCCGAGGCAGGAACACGACAAGCGUGUGGUACUUGAAACCAUCGUGAGUCUGCUGCCGAAGGAGAAGAACUCCCUGUCCGUGAGCUUCCUCUCGAUGCUGCUUCGGGCAGCGCUGUGCCUGGACACGACCCUGGCGUGCCGACUCGACCUCGAGAAGCGGAUGGCCGCGCAGCUCGGGCAGGCCGUGCUGGACGACCUCCUGAUCCCGUCCUCCUCGCCCGAGGCCGGCACCACGUUUGACGUCGACGCGGUCCAGAGGGUCCUGGUCGGGUACCUGGAGCACGAGACCGAGGCGGCCCGGCUGGACUACAACACCGACGACGACUUCAUCUCGACGGCGUCGCCGCCCAACGACAUCGGAAUGGUCGGUAGGCUCAUGGAGUCGUACCUGGCCGAGAUUGCCUCGGACGUGGACCUGCCCAUUGACAAAUUCACCGGCCUUGCCGAGAUGAUCCCGGAACGAUCCAGGUUCAACGAGGAUGGCAUGUACCGUGCCAUCGACAUCUACUUGAAGGCGCAUCCGCAUCUGAGCGAGGCCGAGCGGAAGAAGGUGUGCCGGGUGAUGGACUGCCAGAAGCUGUCGCGCGAGGCGUGCGCGCACGCGGCGCAGAACGACCGGCUGCCAGUGCAGACGGUGGUGCAGGUCCUCUACCACGAGCAGCGGCGCCUGCGCGAGGCCCCUAAGCACGCGCCGCCACCGAGCAGCGUGUCGUCGUUCUACGGCGGCGAGUCCCUGGCCCCGUCGCCGCCAUACAGGCCGGCGCCGACGCCGAGCCUCCUGGGCCGGCACGCCCGGAGCGUACCGGACGACGUGUCGCGGCUGCAGCGGGAGAACGAGGAGCUCAAGAUGGAGCUGCUGCGGCUGAAGAUGCACCUGAGGGACCCGCCCGCGGCGCUCCCGCAGCCCAGUGGCGCUCCACCGUCGGGGCGCCGCCCGCCGCCGAAGAAGGCCGCGGGCGGCAGCGGGGGGUUCAUGAACAACGUGUCCAAGAAGCUCGGGCGGCUGAACCCAUUCCUGCGGCUUGAUGCCGUGGGCACGGAGCCGCCCAAGGAUCGGAGACGGAGGCGCUCCAUCGAAUGGUGA